AGCCCCGAGGCGCUGAUGGAGCUGCUGAGCGACCGGCAGAGCCCCUGGGCGCUGCCACCAGACUGCAGCCCCCAGGACCAGCGCCUGCGGGAAAUGGCCGUGCUGACGCCCGAGCUCGUCCGAGGCUCCAAAAUCUUCCAGGUCUUCAGGUCCCUGCGGAUCGUUGGCAAGGGAGUGGAGGAGGUCGACGAGGGUCUGUUGCAGUUACAGCAGCUGGAGGAGCUCAUCCUCAGCGCCAACCAGAUCAGCAGGAUAACCUCGGCCAACCUGCCCCGGACGCUGAAGGUCCUGGAGCUCUGCUGCAACGCUGUGGCUGAUCUGCAGGACCUGUGUGCUCAGCCUCCUCCGGAGCUGCAGCACUUGGGGCUGGGAUACAACAGGCUGCGCGGCCCUUCGCAGGACAAGUACCUCACUGCGGACUUCUGGCCAAAUCUUGUCUCCCUUGACCUGAGCUUUAACAACUUCACAGAUCUGCUGGGGCUGGUCUCCCAGCUGUCCAGUCUGCAGAAGCUCCGCGUCCUGGUGCUCCAAGGGAACCCGCUGGCUCUCAUUCCCACUUACAGAGGCUUCCUUGUGGACAGCUUGCCCAAGCUCUCCAUCCUUGAUGACGUCCACAUAGGGCCUGAUGAGAGGCACCAGUUCCACGGUUUGGCGAGACAGCCAGAGCUGAUCAGGAGUGAAGCACGAGUGGUCGUGAGCAUUGGGGAAAUCCAGGGAGUCCCUGAUCCCAGCGUUCGUCAGCAGCUGGAGGUUGGCUCCAAGGCUCCGGUGAUCACCUACAGCUACUGUGUGAUGUACGAGUUUGCAGAGGGCGAGGAGAUCGAGGACGAUAGCAGCACUGAGGUUUCAAAAAUCCAUCAGAGUCCCGUGGUGGCCACCCUGGAUGUGGACAGCUCUGCUCUGGACACAGGAGAAAUGAAGGGCCAGCAGGACCCUGCAGCCACCGAGGAGCCCAAGACCCACUCUGCAAAGGUGGUUGUCACCCCUGGAAAGCCCUGGGCAGACACCAUCGACUGCAGCUACAGGAAGGAGCACACAGCCAAGGACUUAGAGGGGCUGAAGUCCUACCUGGCGGCUGGAACGAUCGUCUCGGUCGUGGAGGAGAAGGUGGUCUCGUGGCCUGUGGAUGCUGAGCCAGAAGAAAAUGCAGUCACGAAUAGGAAGGCAGGACGGGGGCUGCAGAAGGACAAUGCCAAGGGUCCUAUGCCCAGGGACAAGCAGAAAAAGAAGAAGGAGAAGGAGAAGCCAUGUGAGCUCCGCAGCGACCCUCCCAUUCGGAGGACCCUGGGCACCGGGAGGGUGACCCUGGAGGCCCUGCUGGCCACCGAGGACCUGGUGGCAACUGUGUGUGACUUU